AUUGAAAAUGAUAAUUCAUCUUUAUCUUUAAAAAAACCGCCAAGAUCUGUUGGACUAAUAGGACUAAUAUCAAUUGGCUAUCUUCUUACUUCGAGUGGUCCAUAUGGCAUAGAACUGGUCUCAAGCUGUGGAAGCUAUGUUUAUGUUUUAUUGACUUUCUUAUUAUUGCCAAUUGUAUGGAGUAUACCAACCUCUUUAAUUACUGCUGAACUAAGUUUAAUGGUUAAUGAUGUUGGCGGUUGUUCUUUGUGGGCAGAAAAAGCAUUUGGUGAAGAUUUUAGCUUUUUUGUUGGUAUUUUGUCAUGGUUUUCUGCAACAGUAGAUCUAUCACUAUACGCUCCUAUCUUUGUGCACUAUCUAUCCAAUAUUUUUAUUGAUACCAAAUAUGAAAACUAUACUUGGUGUGGGAAACUAUCUGAAUGCUAUUGGUGUACUUUUUUAAUAUCUAUAGUUUUAAUUAUUAUUGUGGUUGCUAUUAAUAUAUGGGGCACUGAAAAGGUUGGUUAUUUUGGUGCGAUCUUUUCAAUUGUUUUAUUAAUCCCAUUUGUAAUAUUUGUUUGCAUUGGUAUUGGUAAAGUCCAAUUAGGUGAAAUAUUAUCGAUUAAUGGUGGUAUUAAAAAUAUUGGUGGUGUAAAAUGGAACAUACUAAUAAUUACAGUUUUAUGGUCGAUAAGUGGUUAUGACCAAUUGGGGCAAUUAGCAGGUGAGAUUAAAAGUGCAAAAAGAAACUAUCCCAUUGGUGUAUUUGCAAUUAUUAUCAUCUCAACUAUAUUCUAUAUAUUACCGUUGAUUGUGGGCAUGCAAUUCGAAAGAGACCCUGAUAAAUGGUACACUGGUGAAUUCUCCAACUUGGCUGUAUUAGUUGGUGGAAAAUGGCUUGAAAUACUGAUGAGUAUUGGGGGUAUGGCAUCUGCAAUAGGUGGGUUCUUAUGCAGCCUAAAAGCAACCAGUAAUAAUUUCUACAGUAUCUCUGAAAGAGGAUUAAUACCAAAAUUCUUUUCGAAACUACUACCUAAACGAAGAACACCAUACAUUGCUAUCCUUUUCAAUGCCGCUAUAGUAUCUUUGUUUAUUUCUCUGCCUUUUGAAUCUAUUCUAAAUUUAGACAUGGCCAUCUACAGCAUAGUAAUAGCAAUAGAGUGCGUUGUCUAUAUCAAACUGUACCUAUACAAUCCAAACUACCACAGACCCUACAAAGCAAUUCCAAACAAAUGGUUUCUCCCAUACCUGGCCUCUCCAAUCAUUCUUACUAUAACGAUUUUUAUUUUUUUACCUCUAACUAUUCAAUGGAAUACUAUUGUUUUUAUUACCAUAAUUAUAUUAUUAGUAUUUUUUAGAUAU